GAUCAUCGUGGGCAUCUUCAACGAGUGUUGGAGAUGCUUCGCCGCGCCAAGUACAAGGCCAAUCGCGACAAGUGCGAAUUUGUCCGGCAAGAGCUGGAAUACUUGGGCCAUUUUGUCACACCGGAAGGCAUCAGUCCGCUAUCGGACAAGAUUCAAGCCAUCCAAGAGUGGUCGGAGCCUCAGAACAUCACGGAUGUUCGUUCGUUCCUUGGCCUCACCGGCUACUACCAGCGUUUUAUUAAAGGCUACUCGAAGAUCACGACCCACUUUACCGAGCUUCAAUGCGAGGAUCGGCCGUUUGACUUCGGAGAGGAGGCACGAGAAUCAUUUUUGGCUCUCAAAGCCGUGCUAUUAUCAGCAGAGGUCUUGCGCAUAUACGACCCAUUUUUGCCUACGCGCGUCACUACGGAUGAGUGCGGCUAUGGCAUUGGUGUCGUCCUCGAGCAACAUGAUGGUGUGGACUGGCACCCGGUCGAAUACUUCAGCAAGAAAGUGUCUGUCGUGCAUUCCAUUGACGAUGCACGCAAGAAGGAGCUCCUCGCCUUCGUCCACGCGCUCAAGCGGUGGCGGCACUUCCUCCUUGGUCGAAGCCAAUUUCGAUGGGUAACGGACAACAAUCCGUUGGUCUUCUAUAAGACCCAAGACACCGUCAACAGCACCAUCGCUCGAUGGAUGGUUUUCAUCGACCAGUUCGACUUCUUUCCCGAUCACAUUCCCGGGAAGUCGAACCGUUUUGCGGAUGCUCUUUCACGGCGUCCGGAUCACGACGACCUGCGGAACAGCUUCAUCCGCGGUUACCAAGCCGACCCCGAGUUUCGCGACAAGUACGCGAAUUGCUCCUCUCCUAAUCCAGCGCCUUCUCACUACCGGAUCCAAGAGGGGUACUUGCUUGUCCACACGCGGGGGAAGGACCUUCUUUGCGUACCUAGUGAUCCUCACUUGCGUACACUGCUUCUUGGCGAGUUCCACGAUGCUCCCGCCAUCGGACACUUUGGAGUCAAUCGCACGAUUGGCCGACUUCGUGAGCGAUUUUGGUGGCCCGGCCUUCUUCGCGACGUCACUCACUAUUGCGAGUCAUGCGAGGUUUGCCGACGCUGCAAACCCCGCAAUCAUUGUCCGUACGGCGAGUUACGACCAUUACCGGUCCCGUUGAGGCGAAGGGAAGCGAUUGCCAUGGACAUUACCGGCCCGUUCCCCAAGCACAAGACCGGCGUGGAUAGGAUUCUCACGGUGGUCGACCGACUCACCAAGUUUGCCAUGUUUUUGCCUUGACGCUAUCUCUACGCCGGUUGGAUUCGAACCAAGGGUUACCCCAAGGAAAUCGU